AUGAGAGGUUUCCAUGAUCAAAUCCAGGAGCAGAAAGCAGAAGUGAGGCUCACAAAUGGUUCAUCCGGGCUUUUCCGUGGAGCCCGUUUCUGCCCGACCCCCCUGAGGAAUGGGACCCGAGAAGGGCGCACUAGCCCGGGGCGCGGAGGCCAACGCCGAGCCUGCGCGGUGGGAGGCGCUGGGAGCUCACUGCGCACGCGCCGGUCGGCCGGCCGCACCCACGCGGCUCAGCUCGCAAAGUUGCAGACAGCCGGGCGAACCGCUCAAUGCGCUGCUUCUGCCCGCCGCAGAGAAAGAGAAAGAAAACUCCGCAGGGGCUCCGUUGGCGUCUCGACGAGUGACAAAGAUGCUUUCCCAGAUAGAAGACCGGAGCCCUGCUCCUUUGCGAUCCGCCGAGGGCUGCAGAGAGCAUCCUCAUCCAUUUGGUCACCCCUGUCCAGGAAGAGCCUGGCCAUCCCUUUCCAGACUGGAUCUUUCAGAGGUGAAUUUUCUUCGGUGGAUUCCGAUUUGCUCCGUCUGACCAGCCUAGGCAAUCCAGCAUCGCGUGGUACCAGUGCCCCUGGGCACACUUGCUUCACGCCGGCGCCGGCUCCGCCUCGCCAGCAAGCGCAUUCCCAGGUGGUCAGGCUCAGGAUGGACCAUGAGCUUUCAAAAAGGAAAAAGGUGGAAAUCCUCAACUAUGCUGCCAUCUGAAUAAGUGUUUCUUUGUAGCAUGCACAGAGUCAAGGAAAAUUACAUCCCUGCAUUAUGUAAUGUACCAACAACGCACUUACCCACUGUUUUAAUCUAGGUUAUUCUUGAAAGCAGAGCCUGAGACAAAGGUAGACACAUUCUAUUUAUGAGUCUAACACCCAGGAGCAGGAAUGAGAGGCAGGGGAGUGAACAUGGGAAAAGGGAAAGUAAGUCCAAGCAAAACCAGAUACUGCUGUUAUCAAGUGGUCCACCCCUAUUAAUGGCUACGUAAUGCAGAACUUUCUUAGGAUUCUUCUUAAACUUUAUCUCAGAACUGUCUGCCUUAGGGAGAAUGGAGAAGUAUUUCUCCAUCAGCAGUCACCUCCUGUUUGUUGAGGGCUGCUCCUUUGGGGCAUUAACUCACCGCCCCCACCACCCCAUCCCUCUGGGCUGCAAAGAGCUGAGAGCCCACAUGGUACCUCAGCAUCGCACAUUGCUACAUCAGAGAGGUCUUAAGACACGAAACUAGAGUCUUGGUGCAUGCUCGAAGUGAGACAGUGUCAGCACAGAGCAGUGUAAUAUCUUCCAUAACUGUUCAACAGAGCCAUGACUGGACUCAGAGGUUGAAAAGAUAUGGGACCGUACACAAGAAGCAUCUUGUAAGCCUACAUAACAUAGUGUUAGACUCAUCGAAAUCUGUUUCGUUCCUUCUUUAUAAUCAAAACUUCAGUGUCCAGAAUAAGGUUGGCAGAAGGGUUAAAUAGGAAAGUUAAAUGCAUGAGAAGGUGUAUAUUUAUAAGUUUUAACCUUGAGUCAUGUUCAAGGAGAAAGUGACAUUGGAACUCGGAAAAUUAAAAAAUGAUUCUACUUGAAAAAUUUGACCAUUGCAUAGAGAUAUUAGCUAUUGUCUAAUCUUUUGUAAUCUCAGAAACAAUCGUGAGUUGUUUGUUGAAAAAUGAAAAAAUAAAAUUAACCAUUUCUUAUGUCUCCGUGAGCUUUAUAGAUCAAUGUCACUAACUUUUCCUAAGAUAAUUGUUUCCUACUGUCAAAUAGCUCUAGUGAUUACAAUCAAUGAAGGGAAAACUGAUAGAAACAUAGGUAGAAAAAUACUGGGAUAAUUUUCAUCGUAUAAAGUGUUAGCAUUAACAUUGGUUAGAAUAGAGGAGAAACUGCAUGACUCGACUGGACAUUCCUGUAUGUUGUAUGAGGCCCUAUCUUAACAGAAAUAGUGAUGUCAUCAUCAUCCUCUCUUAUUUGGUCUUGAAUUACCACGAAUAGGAUAAAACCUUUGAAUUAUGUAACUCAAUAUCUGUUAAGUUUCUACUAUGUGCGAUGUAUUGGUACUAUAAAUAUGAAUAAGACAUAAAAUAUUACAUUCAAAAACAUCAGAAUACAUGUUCUUUUAAGGUGUACCCCAAAACAUUUACCACAUGUUCUGGGGUGCAUGUUACGCUGUAUCACAAAUCAAGUCUUAAGACAUUUCAAAAGAUUGAAAUCAUAUAGAGUAUGAAUUAAACCAGAAAUCAAGUACAUAAAGGUAACAAAAAAUUUCCUAAAUGCAUUCAUUUAAGGAACAUACAUCUCAUGACCCAGGAGUCACAAAAUAAAUCACAGCAAAAUUGCGAAAAUAUUUUGAAAUGAAUUUUAAUGAAAAUACAGCGUAUUAAAGCUCUAAGUACUUAUGUUAGAAAUUUUACAGAAAGGUUGGCUAUCAGUGUUUCCAGAAGCCGGGGGAAAAGUUUAGACAACUUGAUUGCUGAGGAAGGGAAACAAAGUGAGACCUCUGAUCACCCUGCCUUUCCGAGGCGAGCACUCUGGAUCCCGUCGUAGGAGACCAGAGUCUUGCUGAGUUGAGGAGAGGAAGAUUGGAGUUGAGACUGAGAUAGUUUGAAUUUUUAGGACAAAGUAUCAACAAGGAAGAAGGUAGACAAAAAAAUCCAGAAAUCUACGUAGAGGCUCCACUGUGUACCUAGCGGAACACUACGCCUAACGAGUCUCAAAAUUAGCGUGUGAUUGGGAAAUAUCUAAUUUCCGUCCAGCCACAGUGGAGAGUCCUGACUGAAAACCAGGCAUUCACUAAAGAUCCCAGAAAGGUUACAUAUUACAUGAGUAGGGCUAAAGUAUCCUGACUAAAAACUGUACUACAUUUGCUCCCCACCCGCACAAAAAGCUUAAAAACAAGCCUCAAUAGUAUAAAGCUGAACUGUAAAUAACUAAACUACCUGCCAGAACAAAGUCCAAAUUUAUUAGUUCCAGUCCUCCAAAGUAACACAUG